CCUCUUUGCUUUUCUUGUCAAUAGCAUGUUUCCGGCCGAUGCCGAUCGUUCGCACGAACACUCACUCACUCACUGAUUCAUUCCCGUGAUUGAUGUGUCCGCUCUCCUCAGUCAGUCAGUCCAUUUGCCCAUCACGAUGGAUGCCCACGAUCGCUCGCACCAUCACACUCCCCCCCCAGCCCCUCUCUCUCGGCACAUUCAUCCAUCCAUCCAUUCAUCCAUCUGGGUGAUUCUUGGCACUUGUCUGUUGGCCUGGUCGUCGUGUCGUUCAUUUCGUCACGAGUGACGUCAGCUCGAUGCACAGACCCACAAACAGCGCCAGGGCGCCCAGACUCGCUACCGUAGACACUGCCACACACACACACACACACGCACCCAAACACAGCACAGAGAGAGAGACAGACAGAGAGAGAGCUACAUGCCAUGCACACAAAUGAACAAGUGUGUGUGUGUGCACAGACCCACCGAGUUUGCGGACAUCGAAUCGCCACUUGGCUGCGGCGUGCGAUGCGUCAGCAGCAUGGUUGCAGUGUGAGCCCUGGGGGCAGCACGGGUCGGUGCGGGCUCGCUUCAAAGCGAAGUCCCCCGACCCCCCCGCCUGCUCGAUGCUCGGCGCCCGUGUCGAAUACGUGCUGUCGCCGCCACCUGCACAGCCACACAAGACACACACACACGUCUUCAUAUAGACCUUUCCUCUCUCUCUUCUCUCUCUGCAGACCGUGUCGGUAGAGAGGCCCCUUGCCGCCCCCGCCCGCACCCAGUGCCGCCCCCCUCUGCAUGACGACACCGCCAGUGCCAUGGCCAUGGCCAUUGCCACUGCCAGUGGCCACGGCAUACGAGCCGAUGCCUCCGCUGACGGUGCUGGGGCUGCUGUAGGACGUCAGGGUGUUAGUGGUGGACUCGCCGAUGGACCUGGCGCGGCGGUCGGGGAGGUGGUUGAGGUGGGCCAACGACCCACAGGGACGGUCCACACACAGGGGGCGGCUGGAACUGGUAGUGCCGCUGGCCAUGCUGCCCGGACCUGGUGCGCUCUGAUGGGCCAGAAGGAGACAGAGAGAGGGAAAGAGAGGGAGACAUUUGUUUACGUGUGUGUCUGUCUGUCUGUCUCUUUUGUGCACAUGCCCAAAGGCACAGGAUCACCUACCUGUUGCUGCGUGAUGAGUUUGUUGAGGGCCAUCCGCAGCGAUUCUUCCGCCUCGUGCUUGGACGCCGCGGCCGCCCCACUACCAACCACACCCACGCCCACGCCCCCUCCCCCUCCCAAGCCCCCCACACCCACACCAGCACCAGCUCCCACACCAAAAGCCCCCGGGCUGCUAUUGCCAGUCAGCAGCGGCAUCGAGGUGCUGUUCCUGGCCGUGGGUGCCUGGUCGCCGCGCCCGCUGGUCUCUGGGAAGGCGUCUUCCUCCUCGUCUGGCUCUUCAGUGUGUGUGGGUGUGGCCGAGUUGCGCACCUCCAUGUGCAGACGGCGCAGGGCACCCAGACGGCCUGUCGGGCUCGCAUCGGAGGACGGGCUGAAUUGAUCAAACAAAGGACAAACAUGGAGCGUCUCUGUCUCUGUCUGUCUGUGGGAGCGGCUGUGGGGUUGCCUGCCUGGUGAUGUUGGUGUCGAGUGUGGGUGUGUUGUUCGGGGCGGUGUUGGCUUUGACAUCUCGAAGGGAAGCCAUCGAGGCCUCGCUCAACCGAGGCAAACUGAGCAAUGAAUAUUGCCAUCCAUCCAUCCAUCCAUCCAACCAAACACAGCCAGGUUUCUCUCCUCUGCCUGCUGUGCUUGUUGGUCGUUGGUGUGGUGUGUCCUGACCGUUUUUCGGCGACUGAGAGUGCGACGGCAGCGAAGUCUUUGGGCCUGAUGCGGCCCUGGCUGCCACUCGCACCACACAAACCCUCAACCGUCGAUUGGACUGACACAAUGAAGCGCACACACAGAAGAAGGGAUCCGGUUCGUGUCAGAAGGAGCAACCUUGCCGUUGGCUGGCUGACCUUCGAUGAAGAAGCCGCGGAUCUGCGUGUCGACAGGGUGCCUGCAACAGACACACACACGAAGCGGAGAUAUUCAGUGUGUGUGCGAGUGAGGCGUGCUGCCCACUCACAGCAGCGUCUGUGCGCCGAGGAGGAUCUCGGCACCCUGGUAGGGCUUCAAUGUCACCACCUGCAGCACAUCCUCCACAUGGACCCAUUGAUGUCUGUCUCCCUUGUGUGUGCUGCGUGCACUGACCGGAUAGGAGCCCUGGACUUUGUGUGUGGCGAGCAGCCUGCGGACGCGGCUGCGGAGGGUGGCCGUGCUGCACACGUGCAGCUGGGCGAAACGGCCUGAAGGACACGCAUGACCGGAGUGGUCCGGUCAUUUCUCCACCAUUUGCUGUCCACCGCGCACCGGUGUGCUGUUUGAUGAGUUUCUUGAGGUUGGCCACACACGCCGUGUCGUUCUCGGGCGUGUACUGCAGGUUCUUGGGACACUCCACGUACACACAAAACACACCUGCAUCCAUAUCCAGCCAGCCAUCCAGCAGAAGGGUCAGUCAGUUAGCCAUUCAGUCAGCCCACCAUGUCUGUCUCUCUGUCUGUCUCUCACCUUCUUCGGUACGGUCGUUGGAGUUCAUUAUUCUGUUGCGGACGACACAGUGAGCACGAGGGCGGACAGACCAGAUCAGCGAUGAACGACGGACGGAACCAGCUGG